UACCGCGAUACAUUUAUGUGACGUCAUAAACAAUCGACGGCUGUGGUGAUUUUGAACGGGAUGUGCACCUUUCUAUUUUCAUAAAUAAUACUUUUCAACAAUGUAUUAGGAGGGGUUUGUUUACAUUCCUGAAUACGAUGGCCAAUCAAAGAGCGCUCCCUCAAAGCAAGGAGAGUCUUCUUCAGAACUACAACAAAAGACUGAAGGAUGAUAUCAGGUCCAUUCUAGAUAACCUCACGGAAAUCAUAAAAACCGCAAAGGUAGAGGACGAGACACAGGUCUCUCGGGCUACACAGGCUGAGCAGGACCACUAUGAGAUGCACGUCAGAGCAGCCAACAUUGUGCGUGCGGGCGAGUCCCUGAUGAAGCUAGUGUCGGACCUGAAACAGUUCCUGAUCCUCAACGACUUCCCUUCGGUCAACGAGGCCAUCAGCCUGCAGAACCAGCAGCUGCGCUCGCUGCAGGAGGAGUGCGACAAGAAGCUCACCUCGCUCCGUGACGAGAUCGCCAUCGACCUGUACGAGCUAGAGGAAGAAUAUUACUCCUCCAGGUACAAGUAGGCUCAUACUGCACAGUCAAGGUUCGGUUGAUCCACUCUAUCUUGACUUAUAGCCCCUAGUCCCCCUCACUGUCGUGCCUUAUGAAGGGUUUAUCUUACCCCACCACAUGAGUCAUCGCCAUUAGUCCUUUAGUGUCUCUGUGUAUUGCGUCAACUUCAAUAGAAUAUCCAAAUGCUGGUUUUAACAGCAAAAUAGAUGGUUGAUCUAUGGGCAAAGUUAUUUUGCAGUACAUUCACCAUAAUGAAUCUAAUCUCAUUUGGUUUAAAAUUAUGUGCCUUGUCUGUAAUGCCUCUGGACGUUUUUUUUUAUAUCCUCAUGUAUGAUAGAUUGUAGGUCUCAACAUGGUAAAUGUUAUACCCAAUCAUAAGUGUGGUCCUAGUGUACACUAUAUAUACAAAAGUAUGUGGACACCCCUUCAAAUUUGUGGUUUCUGCUAUUUCAGCCUCACCUGUUGCUGACAGGUUUAUAACAUCGAGCACACAGCCAUGCAAUCUCCAUAGACAAACAUUGGCAGUAGAAUGGCCUUACUCGAGCUCAGUGACUUUCAACAUGGCACCGCCAUAGGAUUCCAACUUUCCAACAUGUUAGUUCAUUAUAUUUCUGCCCUGUUAGAGCUGCUCCCUGUCAACUGUAAGUGCUGUUAUUGUGAAGUGGAAACGUCUAGGAUCAACAACGGCUCAGCCGCGAAGUGGUAGCCACACAUGCUCACAGAACGGGACCGCAGAAUGAUGAAGUGCGUAGAGCGUCUGUCCUCGUUUGCAACACUCACUACCGAGUUCCAAACUGCCUCUGGAAGCAACGUCAGCUUUCCAUGGCCGAGCAGCCGCACACAAGCCUAAGAUCACCAUGCGCGAUGCCAAGCGCCGGCAGGAGUGCUGUAAGGUUUGCCGCCAUUGGAGUCUGGAGCAUUGGAAAUGCGUUCUCUGGAGUGAUGAAUCAUGCUUCACCAUUCGUCAGUCCGAUGAAUGAAUCUGGGUUUGGUGGAUGACAGGAGAACGCUACAUGCCCGAAUGCAUAGUACCAACUGUAAAGUUUG